AAGAUUAAGCGCGCGCACGCACUACUGCAGCGCGCAUAUAACAUCCUCUGUGUAGAAUUAGAUAAUUGUACAAACAAUAAGUUAGUGUUGCAGAUAGCUGUUAAAGCUAUUAUUAAUAUAGUAAGACUAAACAGUUUUAUACCUAUAUUACUUAUGUUUAGAAUAUAUCUAAGAAUU